AUGACCGUGCCAGGAAGACUUUCUCCGGCGGUCCUUCUGCGGCACAGGAGGUGCCACGUCGUACUGCGCAACCAGACCCAGUACGUCAACCAUCAGCUGGGCGGGGCUCCCAAGUAUCCCAGGACGGGGGAUAGCCACGCCACUGGACGAGAUAACUCGUCCGACGUCCGUUCACGUCGCGGUGGUUCAACAGCUGCUCAACUAGAUAGCGCUGGCCACCGCGAGAGUCCUCUAAUGGAGCUGGAGGAGGAGGGAAGACGCUCUCCACACAACCGUGUGGAUCGGUGUGUUCCCGAGAGCUUCUUUGAUCGCGUAACGCAAGGGUUACGCGGCGAUCUCGAACAUGAGCGGAACAGGCGUCUCCAAAUGGCGGACACUGUCUCGAAGCAUCGAGCUGAGUUUGCCCUUGCUCAGCUUGAGAACGAGAGAGCUCUGACAUCUCUUCGUGACGAGCUAAGGGUAGCUCGUGGGAUUGCUGAUCGGUCUCGGGAUGAGAUAGCUGCUCUUUAG